AUGCUCCAAGGGGCCCACGUAUUUUCUCAUCAGCAUCAAUAUAACCCGCAGGGUGAGCCAGCAUGGAUGCACCAGCAGACUCACCAUCAGCAUGCCCAGCAAGCUGCGGCUGCAGCAGCUUCUGCGGCUCAGCAGCAGCACUAUAACCGGAUUGCUGCCAACCACAACACCUCUGUUGCUUCGAUUAGUUCAGGUCAUGCGCAGGAUACAAGCAUGAUGGAUAAUGUUACGGAGGAGAAUAGGCGCACCUUGGCCUUUAUCGCUGACCUGCUGAAUGAGGACACAAGAGAGGCGGCGCUUUUGGAAUUGAGCAAGAAGCGUGAACAGGUUCCAGAACUGGCUCUGAUUUUGUGGCACUCAUUCGGAGUUAUGACUUCUCUCUUGCAGGAGAUCAUAUCCGUUUACACGCUCCUUAACCCGUCGCAACUCACUGCUGCGGCUUCGAACCGGGUAUGCAAUGCUCUGGCUCUUCUACAAUGUGUCGCUUCUCAUAAUGAGACCCGCGCUCUCUUUCUGAAUGCACACAUCCCUCUAUUCCUUUACCCUUUCCUCAACACUACCUCGAAGUCGCGGCCUUUCGAAUAUCUGCGAUUGACAUCUCUUGGUGUCAUUGGAGCCCUCGUCAAGAAUGAUUCGUCAGAUGUCAUCAACUUCUUGCUUACAACCGAGAUCAUCCCUCUGUGCCUUAGAAUCAUGGAGACGGGCUCAGAGCUCAGCAAGACUGUUGCCAUCUUCAUCGUUCAGAAGAUUCUCCUUGACGACCACGGGUUGAACUAUAUUUGCGCCACGUACGAGCGUUUCUACGCAGUUGGCACAGUGCUCAGCAACAUGGUCUCGCAGCUUGUUGAGCAGCAGACAGCACGGCUCUUGAAACAUGUUGUGCGCUGUUUUCUUCGACUCAGUGACAAUGCUCGCGCUCGCGAAGCCCUCCGACAGUGUCUCCCUGAACCCCUUCGCGACGCCACGUUCUCCUCAGUCCUACGCGAUGAUGCUGCUACCAAACGCUGCCUUGCCCAGCUGUUGAUAAAUCUGUCGGACAAUGUCGUCGAAUCUUCGGGAAACCACCAGGGCAUCUGA